CUCUCUCUCUCUCUCUCUCUCUCGAUUCUCUUCCACAAUUCCAUUCCACCAGUUGCGUAUCAAUACUUGCGUAACCACACUUCAUUUGCAUAUUAUAUAAUAAUUUAUCCAUGGUUUAUAUGCAGAUCCUGAGACCUAAAACGUGAAAUUUAGAAAUCAAUUUAUCUCUCUCUCUCUCUCUCUCAAUCCAUCGAUUUGGGAUGGGUGAUUCUAGGGUCGAUGAGAACUCGAAACAAACAGUGGAGGAAGAAGUAUCAGGAACGGUGGAGCUAGCCAAGGAGUUGCAAGACUCAGCUGCCUCCUUAAUCUCACGCACCACGCACGAAGAAGACUCUCUCCGCCAGCGAGCCCAAUCGCUCGUUUCCAACAUCCACAGACUCCGCUCAUCGAUCAAGAAAGCCGACUUUGAUUCAAAUCACGCCGAAAAAUUGGAAGAAGAGUUGUACAGAGCUAGGUCUAUAUUGAGUGAAGGAGAGGCGGCUGCAUUCCUUCCAAGCAAAUCUCAUGGGCGCUUCUUGAGGAUGUUUCUUGGUCCAAUUAAUGUUCGUGCUAAUAGGAAGGAUGUGCAGCUGAAAGUGAAAGAGGAAUACAAUAGUUUCAGAGAUAGAACUGCAUGUCUGUUUCUUUUUUUUCCAUCCCUGCUGCUUGUAUUGAGGUCCUGGAUAUGGGAUGGAUGUUUUCCUGCAUUUCCAGUUCAGCUUUACCAGGUGAUAUAUGUGAAAAGGCUUGGUUGCUAAUUCUUUAC